AUGGCCGAAAUCAUUGGCAAACGAGAACGAAGAAAGAGUCUCAGCGUGUUCAGCCCGUCCUCCACACCCGCUCCCCCGACCCGGCCGUCACUCCAUGACCGAACACCCUCGGAUAAUGUCCUGACCCGCGAGAAGAAAAUUCGCCGCAAUUCUGGCUUCUUCGGCCGAUCUCAGAGUCCCAACAGAUGGGCUACUGCGCCCAAAACUCGUCCUGGCACCGCAGGCUCGGAUACCACCGCUCUACCCCAGGUCUCUACACCCAUUGAGACCCCUCGUCCGCGGAGGAAGUCCUUACAGAAGAAACGAACCUCGGUAUUUGGGUCUCUGAAAUCGCUACAUUCUUGGGAGGACGACGAUCCUCUAUCUGCCUCCGUCGCAUCGGUAGGGGACGAUCACAGUACGACCAGCCCCCGAAAUGGGAUUUGGUCAUCUGCAAUCCUUCACCAUGGGGAACUCCAAACGACUGGGGGUAUGUGGAGAAAAAAGAGCCAGUACCUCGUUCUUACAGACACCCAUAUUAUUCGCUUCAAAAACCAAAUCAAGGCCGCCGAUGCCUUUUCUUCAAUCCCCGCUUCAUACAACACACGAGCGCCGGCUUCCCAUCGCCAAUCGGUGGCGUCAAUCAGUUCGCUACAGGAUAUGCAGUUAAUGGCGUCUGGUGAUGCAUCUGCUGGAAUUCCUUUGAACAGUAUUAUUGCAGUAUACAUGUUGGAGGAUGCACGGCUCUCUCCCACGGUCGAAGUGGCCUACCUAGAUGAGCGAUCUCACAAGGCCACCUUGGUACAGAUGCAGACACCCGAUUUACAAGAAUUGAACCUUUGGAUGGUGGGCAUCCGCCAAGCUGCCAAGAUGGCCAGAGCGAAUUAUCCAUUGCCAUUCAGCAUGGCUUCAGUCGAGUAUGUAACUCGUAUGCUGGAACACGAACGAGACUACGACCCAGAUGCUUUUCGCAUGUUCCGAGUUAUUCAGAUCGCCUCCAGCAAAUCAAUCACCCGCUCUUCCUCGGACGAUCUCACGAAGCUGUCGCCGACAGGUUGCUAUCUUGCCAUUGGCUCGCACAAGCUCCAUCUAUUGCCCAUGCAGAAGACUAACAACCGGUCGUCAGUGGUUUCCUUAUCAGACUGGGAAGCGGGCACUUCAUUCGGUCUGAUGAACUUGACUGGAUUGUCUAUGGAAUAUGGUGAUGACAGCCUGCAUCUCACUUUCAGGGUCCCUCUUAAAAAGUCGUUCAACGUAUUCUUGGCUUCGGUCCAUUCCGUCGAAGUUGCAUGCUGGAUUCGACAACAUACUGAAUACCUACGUCCGCUUUGGACUCGGCAGCCCUAUGAUUUUGUUGUGCCAAAGGAACUGCAAAACGACAACAAUUUCCCACCUGUGGCUCUGGACGAGGAUUAUGGAUGCUUUGACCGAACACUGGUUGCCUAUUCAGCUAGCUACGACAUCGAUACUUCCAAUAUCCGGUAUACCAUUGACCACGAGUGCGAGGACGCGCCAUGUUUCCGUCUUCUUAAACCGGCUUCAACGAAACAUUCUCGGUACAAUGCCGCGGAACUCAUUGCGGUCAUGCGGGCACUUCGCUACAACGAAUUCUUUCGGUCAAUCUCAUUCAGAGGAGUCAAUCUGGAUGCAUUGCAGGGUCUGCGUGAUAUACACGGAGUUGACUCAGAUGUCCAUCUCGACCGAGGUGGAUCCUCAGUGAACAUCCCAGGCCAGGCAAACCUGACCGUCCUCUCACAGGAAGUACGCGCUCUGGCAUUAAAGAGUAAAUGGCUGCGCCGGCUCGACUUUUCAUACUGUCUCACCCGCACACCAACACCAACUUUGGAGAAAGGCACCCGUGACCCCGGAUGUGGCAUUCCAGAAGCUAUUUUCCCUGUUUGUCGCCGAGAACUGACCAGCGUGGACUGGGUUGUGCUCAACGGUAUCAAGCUCGGCGAGUCUGAUCUGGACUAUCUCGUUGAUGCCGCAUCUCAAAGACGCAGUCACCUGCGAGCUUUGGAAGUUGGGGACUGUGGACUAUCCGUGCAUGACCUUGACCUCCUUCUAUCGACGAUCGUUGCUCAAGAAUCAACCCUCGAAGCAAUCAACAUCUCUGGUGUACAGGGCCGAUUAAACCCAGACGUGCUCCAGCAGUAUAUUGGGUAUUUCGGCCAAAUUCGCAAAAUCAACUUGUCCCGUAUUUCACGGACGUCCGGCGCCGAGCCGCUGAUCACAGCUGAAAUGCUGUUCAACUGGCGACUUGAGGAGCUGGCUCUUAGUCGAACGGCUGUCAAUCGCGAGACCGUUGACGCCAUUGCUACUUAUUUGGCUAGUGAUCGCUCUCGGAAUCUUCGUGUGAUACGACUUGAUCAGUGUGGUUUGACAGGUGAAGAUGUGGCUAUGUUUAUGCACUCGAUGUCGGUGGAAGGUCCACGCAGUCUCCAUUUGCAUGUCAAUGAGAACCGUCUCGAGGAUGGGUGUUCAUUCAUCUUCAGUGCGAUUGCGAAGAACCAAACUCCAUCGCAUGUGUCCAUGCGGAUGAUUGAUUUUAAGAAGGAAGAUCAUUUCCGCGAGCUGGUCGAGUCGCUCCGGAAGAACCGCACUCUUCAGUUCUUGGACAUUUCAAAGGCUUCGCUCCCAUAUGAUGCUAGUCCCGAGACUUGUCGCUCGCUACAGUUGAUGCUGGAGGAGAAUGACACCCUUGAGGCAUUGGAUAUCAGCGGAGAUAACGCGCAUCUUGAUGUGGCACGCUUCGGUAUCGGACUUAAUCUUGCAUUGACCGGUCUGAAGAAGAACAAGUCACUUAAAGUUUUGAGGAUCGAGCAUCAGAAACUUGGCCUUCAAGGUGCGAACACGUUGGCAUCUGUCUUGGAGGAGAAUGAUUGCCUCCGCGAAGUCCACUGUGAGAACAAUGACAUCAAUCUUCAGUCCUUCACAGUGCUGGUCAAUGGUCUGCAGUGCAACCGCGCUCUUCUUACCCUCUCCUGCAUGGACCGAGACCGACUCCAGUCUCUCGAAAAAGUGCGACGCGAGGUUGACAAUGUUCGAUGGGACCCUAGCGCCAACACCCAGACUUCCACGGGGAACUCGAUUCGUCGAUCUCUGUAUGCAGCGAUGAAUGUCGGUCAAUCGCAGGGACAUCGGCUGAGCAAGGCGCCACCACCCAAUGUUGUUUCUGCAAUGGAAGCUUCGCCAUUUGCCAAUCACAACGUGGACCUUGUUUUGGAAUCGCUGAACCAAAGAUGGGACAUUGAAGUCGCCCGCCUUAAUCGAUAUCUCCUACGCAACUACAACAUUGCCCAUGGACUCGAAGACUCCGAAAUCGAUGAUACAGCCAGUGACGGUCGACCCGCAACAGCGGCGAGCCUAGGCACAAUGCUGGACAAUCUCAAAUUUGACGUCGCCGUCUCAGCAGAUGAAAUCCGCGCAUCCCCACCAGAGGAAUCCCCAGCCCUCUCCCGGCUCACAACCACAUCCUCCAUCCAAUCCAUGCAGCGUUCUGAAUCCAGCGACACUACACCAAAGCCAAUUUCAAGAACGCGCCCUCACACUGCCCGUGCCAUUUCAUCCGACUAUAGCUCCACCUCAUCUUCCCGCCUCGCUCUCCCUGUCCCAGCUGUCCCAUCCACAGUCCAAAAACCAAGCAGCAUCCGCAGCGCUCGCAGCUCAUCCAGUACCGUAUCCACUGGUACAGGUAGUGCUCGCAGCGCCUACGGCAUGGCCUCAUCCACCCUCAGAGGCUUCCUCAGUGGAACGGCUUUGAGGGAACGUCGUCGGGCAGACGCGGCGCGUCCUUCUCCAUCGCCUGCUCCUGUCUAUGUGACGAACGAUAAGCCGCCUCAAUUAGAGUGGAAUCCUCCCAAGCUUGACUUGCAAGAGCUGCAAUAG